AUAAUUAAAAUGGGUGGUCUAGUUUGGACUGCUAUAGUCUUCAGCCAGGUGUGAUGAAUCUGCUGCCUCGAAGGCCCCAAAAGGCUGCUGCCACAGCAUCGUGAGUCUUGGCGUCGAUGAGGUCGCUGAGGUCGAAACCAUGGAGCAUGUUGGAAACGUGUGGAAAACGAGGCCGGGCAUUGCAGGAAGUGUGCGGAUGUAACAUAACGCUUUAAGGGCAAGUGAUCCAGAAAUUACGUAUCCUUAUCUUCCUGCGGAAUUAACAUAGCAGUGGCCGGAAUCGAACCGGCCUCGAGAUAUAAGCGCGCUGGAGUCGCGCUUUGGAGUUGGGAACCAUCAACGCUUCUUCCCACUUUGAAGACCAGCCACCAUUUGGAGUUAGUUUCCAUCACAACCAACCUUCUUCUGUUACCAGGACCUUUGACAGGUCUCUCUCAUAUCCAUCAUGGCUUCUCCAGGCUUCUCCUUCCCUAUCAUGGACGACACCAAGCCCGAUGAUCAUUCUCUUCCCGCCUUCAUGGUGUCGACGUCUCGUGGCUUCUUGCCGCGUGCCAACCCCAUCGUCGAGUUGCCCAAGGAGUUUGCUGCUCUUGAGUCAUUGCUUGAGCGCAUGCCCAUCAGAAGGCUUGAUGGGUCUCCAGGUCUGCUUGCAACGUUCGAGUUCGGUGAUGCAGUGCUGAAGGAGCUCCCUGAUCUAUCGGAUGCAAUCGAGAUGUAUCGCGAUGACCUCGUCGUCAUGAAUGCACUGUACCGCGACUACUCCUUCUUGGCGAGCGGAUAUCUCUUCGAGCCAUGCCAUGAGAGGCACAUGAGGGGAGAGGAAUACGGUCUCGGGCGGCAGAGCUUGCCGCGUUGCAUCAGUCUGCCAAUUGUCAAGGUUGCUGAGCUUGCUGGGUUCAAGCCUUUCAUGGAGUAUGCUGGCUCUUAUGCACUAUUCAACUACCGCUUGGUCGAUGAAUCAAAGGGCCUCGAGUACGACAACCUUCGACUAGUCCGUGCUUUCGAGUGUGGGUUGGACCCUGAGUCGUCCGAAGCAGGCUUUGUCCUAGUGCACAUUGCCAUGGUAAAGGAAUCUGGCGCACUAAUCGAGGGAGCGUCUGAGAUGCUUAAUGGCUGCACAGGGAAGGACCGUGAGCGGUUCGACAAUGGUCUCCGGACCUUGGUGACUGGUCUGCGCAAGGUGAACUCAGUCAUGAACACGAUGUGGAAGAAGAGUAAGCCCAGCGGCUACACCAGCUUCCGUACCUUCAUCUUCGGCAUCACCUCGCAGUCCAUGUUCCCUAACGGGGUGGUUUACGAGGGAGUCAGCGAGGAGCCGCUCUCAUUCCGCGGUGAAUCUGGAGCCAACGACAGCAUGAUCCCCAUGUGCGACAAUCUGUUGCAAAUCUCGAUGCCAGAGACACCCCUUACAGAGAUCCUGAAGGACUUCCGGCAGUACAGGCCUGGUAACCACCGCCAGUUUUUGGAAGCCGUGCGCGAUUGUUCUGAAGAGUGCGGAGUACGUGAGUUUGCCAAACAGGACUCGGUGUCCGCUGCGCUCUAUCUCCAAGCUCUUGAUCAAGUGCGCGACUUCCGCUGGCGUCACUGGUGCUUCACUCGCGAGUACAUUCUUAAGCACACCGCGCACCCAACAGCUACAGGAGGCAGCCCAAUUGUUACAUGGCUGCCAAACCAGCUGCGAGCUGUACUUGCACAAAUGACUGAGACGUCCGAAUUUUGCAAGUCGGUUAAUGGAGUCAGUGACAUUAUGGAGACGGCGAAUCUGCAGCGCGAAACACUGGCGAAGGAAGUGGCUAAGUACUGCGGUGAGCGCGGCGUUGCAGCAGCGUCCUAAGCCUGAGGCAUCAGGCCUGUACGUGAAUCAUAGGAGAUGGUGAGACGGAUAGAUGUUGAACCGUGGUACCCUUGCAAAAUAUAGAGAAGAUCCACAUUGUUAGCUCCUCUUCAGCUUUGCGCCCUUCGUGUUGAUGGUACUGGGUGGCUGUGGAGUCGUGGCAUACGACCGAGAAGUAGUGCAAGGGCGCAAUUGGAGCCCGUAGCAAAUCUGUAAUACGAGCAUAUUCCAGAUUCAGCGCCUUCUUUCAGGCCCCCUGAGUUCUUCGUGACCAGUCGUGUGGUGAGUCAAGGCGCCGUUGUGGUUCUGAGGGUGGUGAUGGAAGCGUCAUAGCUUCCGAUGACUCGUGCCAAACCCAGCUAAAUGCAGCUCGCCGCCAUCGCCGCUGC